CAUGCUGGUGGGACCAACAGCUGUUUGCAGAGGACACUGCUCAGUCUCUGAGAUGCUGUGGAUGGCCGGCUGCGGGGGUCCCACUGGGUUCAAGAGCUUAGAAAGCCUAUUGAGGGACCUCCCGGUAGUCUGAGACCCCCUUUUAGCCGAGCUGGGAGGCAGGCGGGGUCCCCGGGGCGGAGUCAGGCGCCCGGAGGGGCGGGCCACCAAGGCUGGGUCCAAGGCUGUGGGAUGAGCCGCAGGGCGAAGCUGCAACUCUGGAGAGACAGAUGCGCAGAAGCGCACCGAAGAGAGCAGGACAGAGCGACACACGCCCACCAAACACACCCGCCUUGGCCAAAGCUAGCCAGUGUCCCCAGAGCCUGGGCCGCGCCCACCUACCGCGCCAACGCAGGCCUGGGGGUGCGCCCCUGGAGGCACCGAGGCAGGAUUCCAGAAGGGAACUGCACUCACUGGCCCCUGCUGGAGACGCUGGACUCCACUUGGACACACCUCCCUGAUAUCAUCCCUCCUGCAGGCAUCAAUAUGGCGGCCCAGAACAGAAACACCAGCUUUGCAUCCGACUUGAAUCCACCUCAAGACCAUGUUGCCUCGCUCUUCAACUUCAGUUAUGGUGAUUACGACCUCCCCCUGGAUGAGGAUGAGGACAUGACCAAGACACAGACCUUCUUUGCAGCCAAGAUUGUCAUUGGUGUGGCGCUGGCAGGCAUCAUGCUAGUCUGUGGCAUUGGCAACUUUGUCUUUAUUGCUGCCCUCGCCCGCUACAAGAAGCUACGCAACCUUACCAACCUCCUCAUUGCUAACUUGGCCGUCUCCGACUUUCUGGUGGCAAUCGUCUGCUGCCCCUUUGAGAUGGACUAUUAUGUGGUACGUCAGCUUUCCUGGGAGCAUGGUCACGUGCUUUGUGCCUCUGUCAACUACCUUCGUACGGUCUCCCUUUAUGUCUCCACCAACGCUCUGCUGGCCAUCGCUAUUGACAGAUACCUCGCCAUUGUCCACCCCUUGAAACCACGGAUGAAUUAUCAGACCGCCUCCUUCCUGAUUGCUUUGGUCUGGAUGGUCUCCAUCCUCAUUGCCAUCCCAUCUGCCUACUUCACCACCGAAACCAUCCUCGUCAUCGUCAAGAAUCAGGAAAAGAUCUUCUGUGGCCAGAUCUGGCCAGUGGACCAGCAGCUCUACUACAAAUCCUACUUCCUCUUCGUCUUCGGCCUGGAGUUCGUGGGCCCGGUUGUCACCAUGACCCUGUGCUAUGCGAGGAUCUCCCAGGAGCUCUGGUUCAAGGCCGUACCUGGCUUCCAGACGGAGCAGAUCCGCAAGCGGCUGCGCUGCCGCCGCAAGACAGUGCUGUUGCUCAUGGGCAUCCUCACGGCCUACGUGCUGUGCUGGGCGCCUUUCUACGGCUUUAGCAUCGUGCGAGACUUCUUCCCUAACGUGUUUGUGAAGGAGAAGCACUACCUCACCGCCUUCUAUGUUGUUGAGUGCAUCGCCAUGAGCAACAGCAUGAUCAACACCGUGUGUUUCGUGACGGUCAAGAACAACACCAUGAAGUACUUUAAGAAGAUGCUGCGGCUGCACUGGCGGCCUUCUCGCUACGGCAGCAAGUCCAGCGCUGACCUUGACCUCAAAACCAGUGGGGUGCCUGCCACAGAGGAGGUGGAUUGUAUCAGGCUGAAGUAGCCUGCUGGUGAUGCCCAAGGGAAAACAUAUUCGAUACUCAGCGUAUCACACGUCAUCAACCACUCACAAGCUACAUGGGAAAAGACAGCUAUAUUCACGCUCUUCUGCCCAAAUGUGUCUGGAUGCUUCUAUGUCCUAACAUACAGCAAAAUUGCUAUCUGUGUAACACCUGAAGAGGCUAGACACAAAUGGCAGCAAGCAACGUGACUGAAUGCCUUCUGUCUGCAAACCACACCAAGAGAUUAUUCGAAGGACCUACAUUUGCUGAUUACCUGCUAUGUGCGGAAAGUCCCCCCCCACAAAGAAAUGGUAGAAUCUAUUUGGUGUUAUCAAGCUCUAUAUAUCUACUUAUCUAUCUAUCCUUCCAUCUAGAUCACUAGAAAGAGGACAUAAAUGAUUAGCCAGAGUCAUGGUCCAUAUUCUCCCAUUCUAUAUCUCAUCUGCACAGAACUGCCAAAAGGCAAUAGAAUAAAGCACUUAGAUACGGCAGAAAUGUAAGGAUGACUCCAUCAGUGUCGAGUCCACGGUCUCAUAGGAAGAGAGUCCAUACAGCACAUUUACCUUCCCCACCCAGCUCCAGCUAUCUCCUUGGUAUUCUGUACUUAACCUACAAUGGUGUUAUUUCAAAAAGGGAAAAUGUCUUUACCACUGAUGUGUCAAAUCUCAUCAGCCUGUAGGGUGAAGAUGGGAAAUCCCAAGACAAGAAAUGCAUCCAGUACCUGAUACUUCAAUGCCAAGUAUUUCAAGGCUCUGGGGUCCUGAAGGAAGAGGACACAGAAAGAGGCAGAGGUUGCCAGCAGCAAUGAAUAUAAUCUGUGUCCAUUUGCUACAAUCUGGACGAUUUUCUAGAAUGUGUUCUGACUUAUAAAAGGAGCUCUGCUUGAGAUCCGAAGAUCUGUGUGAAUGUCCUACCUCCAGGACUCAUCUCUGUGUGUCGCCACUUUAAUGAAAUGGGAAUAAUGAAAACAGAUCAGUAGGAAAGCCCAUUGAAGUCAUAGUGUGUAUAGUUUUCAGCUCUACCCUUGUUAAGAAUAUGAUACUGAAGAGCUCAUUAGAGGGAGUUUGAAAAUAGCAUUCACCAUGGUUUUUUUUUAAAUAGAGGAACAACUCCACAUUUUCAUCCCUGUUCUUUGGACUGGAGACUACUGAACUCAUUUUGAAGUAGCCUAUCUCUAGUGGGGCAUAGAGGUCACCCUGUCCAGGCUGCAAUCAAGAGGAUGCAGUCAAUACCCAUACUCUCAGCCUCCCUGUGGUCUUAGAAGCAUGAGCAGUCUUCCCAGCACAGCAUUGGUGAACCCCAGGACUGAAUUCAUUUGUAUUAUUAUGUCAUCUACUCAACAGUAGGGUUGGUUAGGCUGACCUGCCUGGCUAGGUGUCUCCUUCCUCCUUCAUAGCCCCAUAUGCAUCCCUCCCUUAACUGCACACUCAGUUACCAAGAAGACCCUCCUCAACACGGGAGGACUGCUCUUCUGUCAAGGGCAUAGGCAUGUCACGCUUCCAUGAUAACCCUCCAAUCUCUCCAGUAGACCCUGUAUCCUUUGAGUGUGUCAACAGACUUCACCUCCUUCUUC